GUUUAUAUUAUUAUUUUUGGAGUUGAGUUUCCUGCGCCUCGCUGCUUCUUUUUGUCAUUCCCCCCGCUUUCCUCAUUCACCAUUUCAAAGACUUAUUUCAUUCUACCGGCCGUAGCCAUGGAGACCGCAGUAAUCGAGUUCGCGUGCAAUGCAUCCUUUCCUGAGCGCACAAGUACAUACCCUGCUACUCUCCUGGUGGGGUCCCAGGAACUAGUCUGGUCUGUCCGGCCAACAAGCAAGGGCACAACACGAGGUUAGGACUGAUAACGCCAGUGGCUAUUCAGGGAUAGACCGGAAGCAGCUAUGACCUCCGUACAACUAUGCAGCGUCCUCAGCUCACGGGUCCUUACCUUUCAACUUCCUGGCCGCAAUUAGUCCCUUAUUCGUGCAUCUACGGAUAUAUCGCUCCAGAUCAAGUACCAACUGAGUCGGCACACCAGGAACUAAAUGUUCUUGUAAAUAGCUCGCUUCAGGAUCGCACUGUCACCAUAUACUAUGUUGAAUUCACUUCGCCAGACCUGAAGAUCGUGUCCUCUCCGAAAACUGCAACAACGGAUUUUAUUUUCGAGCAGCGGAUAGAUGUGCAACGGUUCAUGGCUGUUGCAAAGCAGCGAGGAGUCUUUCCUAGGCCAAGGCGAAUCCUGCUCUUGGUCAACCCUAACGGUGGAGUUGGCAGAGCCAAGACCAUCAAGGAGUCCGUCGUGAGACCCAUGCUAGAGCACUCAGGACUGAUGGUGAAGGAGCAAUACACAGAAUAUGGCAGACACGCCAUUGAUAUUGCGUACAAAGUCAAUCUGGAAGAGCUCGAUACACUGGCGGUAGUUUCAGGAGACGGCGUGCUCCAUGAGAUCAUUAAUGGUCUCCUGUCGCGGCCGGAUUGGAACCAGUCCAGGCGGUUACCUAUCAGCAUCAUACCAGCCGGGUCGGGAAACGCAAUUGCAACAUCCCUAGGUACGCGUAGUCCAGUUGUAGCGACCCUUGCGCUUAUUCGUGGAGAAACAGCCAGACUCGACAUCUUUUCGCUGUCGCAGCGUAAUCGACCAAGAAUCUAUUCGAUGCUGUUGUUCAGCUGGGGAAUGAUGGCCGAUGCAGACAUCGAAUCAGACAGAUAUCGCUGGCUUGGUCCUUUACGUUUCGAUAUUGCAGGAUUUAUUCGUAUGAUCCGGCUUCGGCGAUAUCCCGGAAAAGUAUAUAUUUUGCCUCCACAACACGAAUCACCAGGACCCAUAAUCUCUUCAUCUCAUCCUCCAGACCUGAAGGGUCCAGCCGUACAACACGAAUCACUUCUCAAGCACACACAGGAGGAGCCACCGAGUCCCUGGAAGCAAUUGCCCAAUAUGCCGUUCUAUAGCAUGAUGCUGCUGCUCAACUGCAUGUUCGUUGGCGAAUCCAUCUAUUUCACAGACAGGGUCCGAUUCAAUGAUGGGAUCAUGCAUGUCUGGUACUCAUGUGAGACCCGGUUCUGGAGGAUUGUGUUGCCGUUUGUGUUGGAUCAGAACAAUGGGAAACUUGUAGAGCGCGAGCUGAUGCAGUAUGUCAAGUGCGGUGGUUUGUUGAUUGUCCCAGGAGUCGAGGGUGAGCCGAACGAUAGCACAACGCAUGAGAUUGUUCACCCGGAGCUCGUUACGUCUGAUUCAGCCAAGCAGCUGAAUAUCCAUCAGAAACCAGGGGUGUUCGAUGUGGAUGGCGAGGUUAUGCCGACGGCAAGGACCUUGAUCGAAAUUCUGCCGAGCUUCAUGGAUAUAGUCGUCCCAGAGUGGUUCCAUCACAAGCAAGACCAGGGCGAAAGAGCGGACCUGGCCAGACAGAAGACUGAAAUAGUGAUGAAAUCGGCGAGAUGCCACCGGGAUCGAGAGGCGAAAGCCAGCAAGAUCAUGGAGGCUGCUAUGCUCCUAUUGGCAAUGGCAGCUAUCGUUACUACGUACGCUAUAUUCUUCAGCGAGGGCUUUCAAGUAUGGGCAGGGAUAGUGCGGCACAUUUGAGAGGUCUUAGAUAUCCGAGUCAGUCUCCAACAUCUAUUAAGCUAAAUAGUAUAAAAGAUAUCUAAUCGUCUACGG